AAUAAAAUCCCUGACACCACUGUUCAAGAGGCCUCGGGGGGGUGGAAGGCCAGGCCAGCUGCGCGCCUAUAAAGCUGUCCCCGCUCCCAGCACGGCAGCACAGUUGUUUGCCAGGCUCCUCCAGCGCUCUCCAAUGGAUAUCACCAUCCACAACCCCCUGAUCCGCAGACCUUUCUUCUCCUGGUUGGCACCCAGCCGCAUCUUUGACCAGAUUUUCGGGGAGCACCUGCCCGAGUCGGAGCUGCUCCCCGUUUCCCCCAGCUUCAGCCCCUUCCUGAUGAGAUCGCCCAUCCUUCGGAUGCCCAGUUGGCUAGAGACAGGACUCUCCGAGAUGCGACUGGAUAAGGACAAAUUCUAUGUGAACCUGGAUGUGAAGCAUUUCUCCCCUGAGGAGCUGAAGGUGAAGGUGCUCGGGGACAUGAUUGAGAUCCACGGCAAGCACGAGGAGCGCCAGGACGAGCACGGGUUCAUCGCGCGGGAGUUCAGCAGGAAGUACCGCAUCCCGGACGACGUGGACCCCCUGACCAUCACGUCCUCGCUGUCCCUGGACGGGGUGCUGACCGUGAGUGCACCCCGCCGGCAGAGCGACGUCCCCGAGCGCAGCAUCCCCAUCACCCGCGAGGACAAGCCCGCCAUCGCGGGCGCCCAGAGGAAGUGAGGCCUGCUCUGCCGCUGUCCCCAAGGCCACCCCUGCAGGGACAUCCCGGCUGUGCUGAACGGCUGCUGCUGUUAUUUAUGCUGAGUAAGUUUACUAACGAAUAAAACCAUGGAGAAG